AGCACCCCGGCCCCUCCCUCGCGCUCCCCACCCCGGGCGCACACGCACCGCCCGCCCCGAGCCAGCGCCGCUCCAAGCCCAUAAAGUGGGAGCCCGUCGGGCCGGCCGGCUCAGAGCGCGCCUAGACACUCCACGGCACCCAGUAGAGCUCCUCGCGGCAGCGUGCGGCGCGGCGCGGCACGGCACGGGCACUGGUGCGGCGGCUGGUCCUCCUCCUCCUCCUCUCCCCCGCUCCUCUGGGCCCCCUCCGCCCGCGCGCCUGCCCCGCAGCCGCGACCAUGCCGCGGGCUUUCCUGGUCAAGAAGCCGUGUGUCUCCACGGGCAAACGCAACUGGAGCGAGCUCCCGGACGAGGAGCGGGGCGAGAUCUACGUGCCGGUCAGCCUUGGCUUCUGCCCGCCGCAGCCCUACCAUGAUCUGGAGCCCUCAGUGGCCGAGCCGCCUUCCUGCCCGCUGGCCCUGGACAUGAGUCUUCGGGAACCUGGCUACGGCGCAGCCCCUGGGCCCUGUGUGGUGGCCCAGCUGCCGGCAGAAGACAUGGGUUGCUUGACUGACUCGCAGGCCCAUGACCAUGGCUUUCUGCGGCCCAAGAUAAAGGUGACCAUGGGGGACAGCCCGAGCGGGGACCUCUUCACCUGUCAUAUCUGCCACAAGGCCUUCACCUACCAGCGCAUGCUUAACCGCCAUAUGAAAUGCCACAAUGACGUCAAGAGGCAUCUUUGCACCUACUGUGGGAAGGGCUUCAAUGACACCUUUGACCUCAAAAGACACGUCCGCACCCAUACCGGUGUUCGUCCGUACAAGUGUAGUCUGUGUGACAAAGCCUUCACCCAGCGCUGCUCCCUCGAGUCUCACCUCAAGAAGAUCCACGGGGUGCAGCAGAAAUACGCCUACAAGGAACGACGGGCCAAGCUCUAUGUGUGUGAGGAGUGUGGCUGCACCUCUGAUAGCCAAGAGGGCCACGUCCUCCACCUCAAGGAGCACCACCCUGAUAGCCCACUGCUAAGGAAGACCUCCAAGAAGGGAGCUGGAGCCCUGCAGAACACAGUCACUGCCCUGCUACAGAACAACCACCAUCUCUAAACCCCAGGGUAGGCCAGGCUCUCUGCCCUCAGCCACCUGGAGGAAGGGCGCCAAGCCCGCUGCAGCUGGAACAUUUGGACAAGGGACCCUGGCACAGAGCUGCCACUUCUUGCCUCCCAGGCACAGGACACUGUGGAAAGCUUCAUCAUGCGGGCCCAGCCCCUUCCAAGCCUGGGAAAGCAGAGCUGUGGCUCACCAGACACCAGCCUGCUGCAGAACAACCACCAUCUCUAAACCCCAGGGUAGGCCAGGCUCUCUGCCCUCAGCCACCUGGAGGAAGGGCGCCAAACCCGCUGCGGCUAGAACAUUUGGACAAGGGACCCUGGCACAGAGCUGCCACUUCUUGCUGCCCAGGCACAGGGCACUCCGUGGAAGGCUUUACCAAGCGGGCCCAGCCCCUUCUAAGCCCUGGAAAGCAGAGAUGGUUCCUGCUCUCAGCCUUCCUUCUAUAAGGAAGAUUCAGCAGACUUUCUCUAGGCAAUACUCCCACCUUUCCCUCUGGCUGUAUUGAAGUGGGACUUGAAGACAAUAAGCUGCGAACCCCCAGCUCUUGGGGGCUCAGGAAUAAGGAGCUAAACAAAGACUUUCACAUUUAAAAGAAUUGGCCAAUGGCACAUGUCUGGCUCCACCCCCCAUGCCAGAACGCAGGUGUUCUCUCACACAGGGACACUGAAAUCACCAGAAACAUGGGCGCGUGCACACACACACACAGGCCUGAAGGAGGCAUGACCUCAUGUGAUUUCUUUGCUUUAGGCUUUUUUUUUUUUAAAGAUGACAAAUGUACAGAUAGUAAUAUAUUUUUGGUGCUGAUGCAAAUCUUUUUCAGAGGGAAAAAGCUAGCUCAUCUCCACCCCUACCUCUUUUGUGGCUCAUCACUGUGGGCAGGUGCUCUGUUGUCUGCCCCCCUGGGGUCUGGCCCCCUCCCUGGGGGAGCUCUCUCACUUUCUCUCCUUCGAGAUCUGCCUGGACAAGGCACAGAGCCUUCUGCCUUCUCUCAUCUCUCAGGAUGGGGCAUUCUUCUCAGGGCCAGUUUCUACCACACUCCCUUGCAGCCCCCCUCAGGACUUGCUGGGGCUGCUUCUCACUUCUUCACUCAUAAAUGGACUUAGAAUAGCAACUUAGAUCACUCACCACACCAGGAGAUUGCUUCUGGCUCUGGCCAGGGGCAGGCAAGGCAAAUGCUUGUGUCUCGGUCACAGAGAAUCCAUGGUCUGGUCUCCUUCGGCACCCUGAAAGGGAGUAGCAUAGCUGGGGGUCAAGUGGGAAAGAACUGGUGCAUUUUCUAAGAAUUCUAAACCUUUGGCAAGGCCCAGCACGCACGCUCCUAGAACAGCAAGAAAAAAGACCAGAGCACAAUGUUAACCUACCAACCCAUCAGAAACUUGUCAGGGAAAGGACAACAGAAGGGCUGCCCCUUUCGCUGAACGUUUCUCAAUUUAUAGGGGUGGAGGUGGGGUUGGGUUCUGCUUUGGAAAGUUGGAAAGAAUAUUCGUUUGUCCGCUCUACUGGUAAAUAUCCCAAUGGUGGACAAUCACUGUAGAGCCGGGUGUGCCUUGGCAAUUUCCCUGUGUGUUUUCUUCCUUUGUGGCCAAGGGGAGAGCUGCUCCCCAACCGUUUAUUCCAACUUUGCUCAAAGGGGUGCAUAAGACUGGACACCCACCCCGAACAGGCCUGGCCAACCCCUAAAAUGCUGAUCAUCCAUUUUCAUUAUGAACCAGCCAGAGGUUCUUGCUAAGGCCGGGACACCCGAGACCUUUCUCUGACUCGCCUUAUGGUUCUGGUGCUCCCUGCUGGUGCACACAAGUGCUAUGCCGAGGACUUCUCGUGUUUCCAGACCCUCUUCCAGGAAUCUAAGGGGCUUCUCUGUCCGGAGAGUACGACGGUCUCCGUUCGUUUACAUGGUUUUGUCACUACACAUGGGCUUCUCUGUCUACUGGAGUUGUGAGGUUUCUCUAUUGUCUGUUUGAUUUUGUAGCUUGUUUUUCUGCUCAUUAUUAAAAUCGGAGACCUCUGUGGUGCUGCUUGUGUA